GUUUUUAUUAAACCCCACACGCAAUCUCAGACUGGUAGACAACCUCUGCAACUCUUCUCCCAUAAUUCAAAGCGCAUUCCUUUCUGUUGGUAAGAGUGUGCUUCUUUGCGCGUGUCCCGUUCUCUUCUCCAAUCCGAUAUCUACAUAUACAUACGUACUCUAUACUUACACUAGAUGGAGGUUAAGCUAUGGAACGACAAGCGCGAAAGGGAGAUGUAUGAGAAUUUUGCCGAGCUUUUUGCGAUUAUAAAGGCAACCGAGAAGCUCGAGAAAGCUUAUGUGCGGGACGUAAUAUCUCCUGCUGAGUAUGAGCUUGAAUGCCAAAAGUUGAUUGCCCAUUUCAAAACGCUGUCUUCCACGUUGAAGGACAUUGUACCCAGCAUUGAGAGGUUCCAUGAUACAUACAAGAUGGAUUGCCCUGCAGCCAUGAACCGCCUCGUUACAUCUGGAGUGCCUGCAACCGUUGAGCACAGGGCGGCUGCUGCCACAACAAAUACUACGUCGGCUGCCAUUGUGGCCGAAUGCGUGCAGAAUUUUAUCACUGCUAUGGACUCCUUGAAACUGAACAUGAUUGCUGUUGAUCAGGUCCACCCGCUGUUGUCUGAUCUCUCUGCUUCUCUCAAUAAGCUUUCUAUAUUGCCGCAUGAUUUUGAGGGGAAGACAAAGAUGCGGGAUUGGAUUGCCAGGUUAUCGAAAAUGGGUGCAGCAGAUGAGCUUACUGAGCAGCAGGCUCGACAGCUGCACUUCGACCUGGAAUCAUCUUACAACUCAUUCAUGGCAGCACUUCCAACUGCAGGGACAUAGUUGUUU